AUGGAAGCCACAACCCCCGCAAGAAUUGCACUAUGGAAGCAAUCAUCGCUGGCACCGGAGCGGGACCAAGGGUCCCGUGAUGAUCUGGCGGGAGAAAACGAAGAUGGUGAUUUGGAUGUAAUUGAUCCGGGAGUAAGGUUAAUGUACUUGACGAACGAGGGAGAUUUGGAUGGAAUUAAGGAGCUUCUGGACUCGGGCACAGACGCCAAUUUCCGGGAUAUUGAUGACCGGACUGCACUACACGUCGCCGCGUGCCAGGGUUACAGUGAUGUGGCCAAGGUGUUACUUGAGAACGGGGCUCAGGUCAACCCCCAAGAUCGAUGGGGAAGCACGCCUCUUGCAGAUGCUAUACAUUAUAAUAAACACGAUGUAAUCAAACUAUUGGAGAAACAUGGUGCGAAGCACUCGAUGGCUCCCAUGCAUGUCAAAAAUGCCCGUGAGGUACCAGAAUACGAGAUUUAUCCCAGCGAACUUGAUUUUACGAACAGUGUUAAAAUAACCAAGGGAACCUUCCAAAUAGCUUCAUGGCGAGGAAUUGAAGUUGCUGUGAAAACAUUUUGGGAGGGAUUUGCUGAUGAAGAUAAAGUGAAGGCCUUUAGAGAUGAGCUUGAUUUGCUUCAGAAAAUAAGGCAUCCAAACGUUGUCCAAUUUCUUGGUGCUGUAACACAAAGUAGUCCAAUGAUGAUUGUUACAGAAUACUUACCAAAGGGUGACCUUCGUGAAUUUUUGAAAAUAAGAGGAGCACUUAAACCAGCAACAGCUGUCAGAUUUGCUAUGGAUAUUGCCAGGGGAAUGAAUUAUUUACAUGAAAAUAAGCCUGAAGCAAUUAUUCACCAAGAUCUUGAGCCCUCAAAUAUCUUGCGGGAUGAUUCUAGACAUCUGAAAGUUGCAGACUUUGGAGUAAGCAAGUUACUCAAAGCGGCCAACAGAAUUAAACAAGAUAGACCGCUUACCUUUCACGACACAUCUCGCCGAUAUAUGGCUCCUGAGCUUUUCAGAAAUGAAGAUUAUGACACCAAAGUGGAUGUUUUCUCAUUUGCUUUGAUCUUACAAGAGAUGAUUGAAGGCUUCCAACCGUUCUAUGCAAAGCCAGAAAAUGAAGUACCUAAAUUAUUUGCUGCGAAAGAGCGCCCUCCAUUUAGAGCCUCCGCAAAGUUUUAUGCCCAUGGACUUAAAGAGUUGAUUGAAGAGUGUUGGAGUGAGAAACCAGCUGGCAGACCGACAUUCAAGCAAAUAAUUCCUAGACUAGAGGCAAUGUAUAACAGCUUUAGCCAUAAAAGGCGUUGGAAGGUUAGACCAUUAAAAUGCUUUCAGAAUUUGGACUGGAAGAAAGAUAUGUCCAAUUUAGGUAGCCGGAGUCGUUCAUCCAGAUCUACAGGAAGCAUAUAA